CAACAUGGCGGCCUCCAUGGAACUUCGUCCAGAUAGAAAUCUGUUACAUCCUAAUUUCGAGGGAUACAAACUUUCUCUGGACAAACUUCCAACAUAUUCGAAGGAAAUAAAUGAUGGAGUGUGCAGCAAAGAGCUAUCAGAUGACCAGUUUUCCUACCACCAUGCUAAACUGUUCGGUGUACACAACUCCCUAGUUGCUGACCCCUGGAGUGACGGGAAGAGAGCCUUCUUCAUUGACAAGCAGUGGAACAUCAGACAUACCAUCCAUACCGACACAUCGGUGAGUGUCAGUGAGCCAGUCUACACCAUUUCUGACCUGGAGAACAGGGGUCUAGUGCCGAGUGGCCUCAACCCUCAUCUUCACUUCCUGUCAUGUGAUCUGGUUGUCAUUGGUGACGGCACGGGACAGGUGCAUAUUGUUGCCACGGGAAACAGGCAGACUGGGGAUGAUAUUCCUUGGAAGACCCUUUUGACAAAGACAUUUCCAGAGGAGAAUGUUCCAUGUAUGUUGGUAGAUGCUGUGGAGAUGAGUGAGAAAGAGAGUCACCACAUUGAGAUACUUCUGGUGCAUGUUGCCGAGGCAACCCCUGAGCAGAAGGAUAAAUACCAGACCCAGUACCUCACUGUACUGGAGUGGGCCACAUUCACAUCAGUUGACAGGGUUGUCUGGUCCCUUGACCGUACACGGCAGCUUAUAGGGAGGAAGCCAUUCCAUUAUGCGUCCUUGGGGAGGGUAGGUGAUUCAAUCAUCGUGGCAGGGGAGGCAGACUUUAUCUUCACACGGGACUCUGAGCAACCUAUCGUCAGUGAUGAGGAGAAGGAAGCAGAAAACACAGAUAUCAAGCCUCCAGACUACACCUGGCACCAAGAUGCUGAAGAGAUCAACAUACAGUUUACCCUGCCAGAGGGCAUAGAGAGCAAGGACAUCUACAUGACCUUGACCUUUAACCACAUUGACCUUGGAGUCAAAAACAAAGCAGAGCUUCUCAAGGGUGACCUCUGCGGGGAAAUAGACAAGGAGGGAUCAACUUGGACCAAGGAAGGAAGGAGGCUUGAUGUGACCCUUAGGAAGAGAGAGGGAGUGCAUUCCUGGCCACUUAUUGUGGAGGGUGAUACACGUGGGAAGAUGGUCAUGCACCCUGAUGAGGUGCACUCCAUUCAUGAGAGGCUGGCACACCUCACUUCUGAGGAAUGGAAUCCGUGCCCAGACAAGCAGGACAACAAGCCUUACAACACCCAACAGCUGGAGGAGUGUGACAUGUAUCCCGACGAUGAUUCUGUGCUAGUCCGUAUCGAUUGCAACACUCACAAGGCCACACACAGGAUUGGAUUAGGGGGUCAUCAGUGGCUGUUCAAUGUCGCUGGCAUAAAUAACAAUGCCCCACUCGUUUGUCUGAGACAUGAUGUUGAUGGGUUGCUAUGGAAACAAGAAACCAGCCAAUCAGAACUGAAAUGGGUGCACACAGCUACCUUCAAUGCAUUUGGAUAUGUUCAGGCUUCAAAACAGCAGAGGAAGUUUUCAGUGUGUCCCCCAGAUCAUUCUUACGUAAUUAUAUGUGAGAACACACGCCAUGUUUACCUGUAUAGACAAUCUACACCUGUGUCCACACCUCUGAGAAACAGGAAGACAGGGGAACAGGUGAAAGAGGUUGCUAAGCAACAGGUCAUCACCUUGGACAACACGGACACCAUUGUGGGCACUGUUGCUACAAAUGACAGAUUCUUCGCAAUGACACAAAACAAACUGUUUAUGAUUAAGUUGGAGUGAACAGGAUUGUGCAAUGUGCUUGAUGAAACAGAAUCUUCAUUUGCCUAAUAAAGUAAUUAAAUUUCAACAAGUUCUGACAUAAGCGGUGUCAAUUAUGAUGAAAUAUUUGUAUCUAUGUUUGAUUUUCAUUUCGUGUAAUUCUUCAUUUCCAUUAUAAUACAUUUGAUCAUGUUGAAAUAUUUUCCAGAUUCCUUCAUUUCAAUAUUUCUUCUGUAGAAUAUCACAUCUGUUUUUAAGAUGGGUCCAAUAUAUUUAGAUUUGUAUGUAUAUGUUUCUGUAUCAAUAAAGUAUGGUAUCUAAAUAAAUUACAAGCUAUUUGAUAUUCUUAAAGAAC